AUGCCUUUAGACGAUGUUAAGAAUAUCGUGCUGGUCCUCUCCGGCAAAGGUGGCGUCGGCAAAUCCUCCGUCACCUUACAGCUCGCCCUCGCCCUCUCCCUGCAGGGCAAAUCCGUCGGAAUCCUCGACAUUGACCUAACAGGUCCCUCAAUCCCCCGCUUAGUCGGGCUCGAAGAUGCAAAGAUCACACAAGCCCCGGGCGGCUGGCUCCCCGUGACCGUCCACCCCGCCACCACCGAGAACCCCUCCAUAGACGGAACAUCAACUACACCCGCCAAGGGCUCGCUGCGAUGCAUGUCGCUAGGGUUCCUGCUACGCGAUCGCGGCGACGCUGUCAUCUGGCGCGGACCCAAGAAGACCGCCAUGAUACGCCAGUUCCUUUCGGACGUGUACUGGGGCGAGACGGAUUAUCUGUUAAUCGAUACGCCGCCGGGAACGAGUGACGAGCAUAUCGCGCUGGCGGAGCAACUGCUGACGCUCUCGACGACGGACGCGCAGGCCGCGGUGUCUUCGAACGUGCCCCGGUUGACGGGCGCCGUGCUUGUCACGACGCCCCAGGCCAUCGCGACGUCGGAUGUGCGCAAAGAGCUCAAUUUCUGCGUGAAGACGCGGAUUCCUGCCUUGGGUGUUAUCGAGAAUAUGUCGGGCUAUACGUGUCCGUGCUGCGGGGAGGUGACGAAUCUGUUUUCUAGUGGUGGUGGACAGGUCAUGGCGCAGGAGAUGGGGGUCAAGUUCUUGGGGAUUGUGCCGGUUGAUGUGAAGUUUGGGGAGUUGGUUGAGGGGAAGGUGACAGGGGGGAGUGAUGACGAGGACGAGGAUGAGGAGGGCGAGUGUCAGAAUGGGGUGGUUUCGGAGCCACAGGAACCAGAGCCCGUGGAUGAGAGGCCGUUGGUGGACAGGUAUCGGGAUUGCUGGUCGUAUUCUCGGUUCGAGGAGUUUGCGAAAACGUUACUAUCAGACAUAGAGGGGCAGAGUGGGUGA